CAAAAGGAAGAAGAAGAAGAAGAACUACUACUACUACUACUAUUUGUCAAGACAAUACAACAGACACAGCCUGCUUCUGAGAUGGCUUCACACAUGAAUGAUGAAUGAUUCCACCAGCUACUGAUUGACACCCAAACCAGUUGUUAUCUAGCGGUUCCAGUAAAACAACCUGGACUUGAUCAUUGUUGUUUCAAUCUGUUUCACUGUUGGACAUAAUGGAUGAAGAGCCAGAGAGAGCCAAACGUUGGGAAGGGGGCUAUGAGAGGACAUGGGAGGUGCUUAAGGAGGAUGAAUCUGGCUCCCUUAAAACCACAGUGGAGGAGAUCCUGUACCAGUCCAAAAGAAAAAGGUUGACACAAAGCCAUGCGCAAGUGAGACUUGGGAUGAUGCGGCACCUCUAUGUUGUGAUUGACUUCUCACGUAGUAUGGAGGACCAGGACUUAAAACCCAAUCGCCUCACAUCUACCCUGAAGCUGAUGGAGAUAUUUGUGGAUGAAUAUUUUGACCAGAAUCCCAUCAGUCAGGUUGGCAUCAUCACCACCAAAAACAAAAGGGCAGAGAAGUUGACUGAGCUUGCAGGUAAUCCAAAGAAACACAUUGCUGCGCUGAAGAAAGCAGUUGACACUUCAUGUGUAGGAGAGCCAUCUCUGUACAACUCUCUCAGCCUGUCCAUACAGACCCUAAAGCACAUGCCUGGGCAUACCAGCCGAGAAAUCCUCAUCAUCCUCAGCAGCCUAACCACAUGUGACCCAGCCAACAUCUAUGAACUAAUUAAGACCCUUAAGUCUCUGAAGGUACGAGUGUCAGUAAUUGGGCUCUCGGCGGAGGUCCGAGUGUGCACGGUGCUGACCAGAGAGACUGGUGGAUCAUACCAUGUUAUCCUGGAUGAGAGUCACUUCAAAGAGUUGCUCAUGCUCCACGUCAAACCUCCCCCAGCCAGCUUUUCAGCGGAAUGCUCUUUAAUACGAAUGGGUUUUCCUCAGCACACCGUGGCCUGUAUGAGGGAUCAGGAUGUCAAGCCUUCAUUCAGCAUGUCUCACCUGGACAGCGUCAGUACUCCAGCUCUGACUCUGGGUGGAUACUUCUGUCCGCAGUGCCACGCAAAGUACACUGAGCUUCCUGUGGAGUGUAAAGUCUGUGGUUUGACACUGGUGUCUGCUCCACACCUGGCCAGAUCCUUCCAUCACCUGUUUCCCCUCCAUCCAUUUAUUGACAGUACAGCUGAGGAUUAUAAGGAGAAUAGCUUCUGUCAAGCCUGUCAAAGGCAGCUGCAGGAUAAAAAUGUAUUCACCUGUUCUUCGUGCCACAGCGUGUUCUGUAUUGAGUGUGAUCUCUUCAUCCAUGAAUCACUGCACUGCUGUCCCUGCUGCAUUCGCGGUCGGACUGCUACAUGAGGCUCAGAGAGAGCUAGUGAUCCUGUCCUAUAUAAGUCGACCACCCUGAUUCUGCAUAUCUGUCCUGUCAGCGAUGCCCCUGUCUGAAUGAAAAGGAUUUUGCAACUUGGCCGCAUGAAGAUCUUCCUAAUCCCAGUUUGAGAAGUACUUAAUAUUAAAAGGGUGUUUUCAUUCAUUCUUUCAGCGACAUAAAGGGUAAAACUUUCCAUUAGAACAGGUAAAUCUCAAAUGAAGCAAUAAGUGCCUGAAGUGGAUCUUGCAUCCAUCAUAUGAACCUAGAUUUAAGGUACAUAGUUUUGACAAGUUCAAUAAAAGUUUUUUUUACACUUGCUCAAAA